GGGCUCAGCGGCUCCAGGCGGCUCGGUGAGGCUGCGGCCCCAAUGCUAGGCCUGGGAGGGGCCACAGUCCACAGCACCCGAACGCCUAGGUCCCCAGACAGGCUCGCACUUUGCCUCGUGACUGUGAUCUCCGAGGACGUCUUUGGCGUGACCUUCCCGAGGCCGCGUCUCAGCUGCGUGCUUGGGGCCAGCAAUUCAAGAUCCCCUCCACACACAUCGGGAACACCUCGGCCCUGGGGCGACCUUCCUUCCUUCGUUCUUGGAUGGAGCACCACCUCCAGUUUUGGGGGCACCUUGGGGCGUGGCCUUGGUGAGUGAAACUUGGUGUGCUGCUUGCUGGGAAGGAAACCUGGAAACAGGAAAGACACUGUCGGGGUGACUCAGACCUUGUCAGAUCCUGAGACUUUUGGAAUCUUGUGGGGGGUGGGGCGGUGAAUGAAUUUGAAUUUCUGAAUUCAGGACUCACCAAGCAGAUACCUGCUUUUCUCAGACUCUGGCUUCUGAGGAGACCCUCAGCCCCCACCUGAGCAUUGCCAGGAAGCGGCCUCAAAAUUUGGGGGCUCAUUACGCACUCCAACCAUGUUCUUGCGACGGCUUGGUGGCUGGCUUCCUCGACCCUGGAGCCGCCGGAAACCCAGGCCUGACUUGUCCACCCCAGAACCCAGACAGGUGGACAGCUCCUCCGAGAAUUCAGGGAGUGAAUGGGACAGUGCUCCAGAAACCAUGGGAGAUGUGGGGCCUUCCCAAAUGAAAGACUCAGGGGCCCAGAGGAGUUCUGGGGCUGCUCCACAACCAAGCAGGGAAUCCCAAGUUGAGCAACUGAGGAGCAAAAGAAUGGAUUCCCUCAAGGGGACUGGGGCCAGCACUCAAGAGUCUGGGAGACUGGAGGCUGCAGAGGCCAUUCCCAAAAUGGGAAGGGAUCCUGUGGACUCAGGUGGCACCAGGAGACCUGGAGUGUCUCCUGAAGAGGGACUGAGCUCCUCUGGGCCUGAAGCAUCAGUGGAGAAGCCUGGCCCACGUCAGAAGCUGCUGGGCUGGCUCCGGGGGGAACCAGGUGGAGGAGCAGGGGCUCCUGCACAGUACCUGGGAGGCCCAGAGGAGUGUCUGCAGAUCUCUACCAAUCUGACCCUGCACUUACUGGAGCUGCUGGCUUCAGCCUUGCUGGGGCUGUGUUCACGGCCACUUCGGGCAGCCUUGGACACGCUGGGCCUGAGCGGGCCUCUGGGCCUCUGGCUGCACGGGCUGCUGUCCUUCCUGGCUGCCCUGCAUGGGCUCCAUGCCGUGUUGAGCCUACUUACUGCUCACCCCCUGCACUUUGCCUGCCUCUUUGGUCUCCUACAGGCCCUGGUGCUGGCUGUCAGCCUCCGGGAGCCCAGUGGGGAUGAGGAGGCCUCUGACUUGGAGGGUGAGAAGUUUGGGAGGGAGGGAGAGGAACAGAGUCGAGACCCAGGAAAGGGGCUGUGACCUCAGGGUGGGGUGUGACCCAGCCCCCCCCCACACACACACCUCAGUGGGGUAGAAAGAAGCAAGAGUGAAGACAGUGUGGCCUUUAGGAGGAGAGUAGGGGGCAUGGCCCAGAUUGUAAGCACAGGGACCUCAGGGAUGGGGAAGAAACCCCAGAGUAUGAGGGCAUAGCCCCCUGUCCCUCCACAGGAGAGAACAGCUAUUUCAGGGUGUCUGGGUUUAUGGACAGCGGGGGCAUGGCCCUUGAAUUCACCAGCUGUUGUUACUUUUUUAUUUUACAUUUCUCUCCCACCUUCAGUGUUUUGGUUUUUUUUUUCACCUUCACUUUUUAAAAGCCCCCCCCACCACCACCAAAUUUGUGGUGGUGGAGAAUAAAGACUAAAGGGUACUCUACCUUUCUAGUCUCUCCAGGGACAAAUAGAACUCUGGCUGGGGUAAGAGAGUGGUUGGGAAACCCAAGGGGUCCUUUGGAUCUUGGGCUUCUAGGGAAGAGAGGGGCUGGCUAGGUGGGUGGAUUUAGGGUCUGGAUGGGGUGCAUAAGCAACAGGGAGCCUGUGGGGACGAUGUGGGUGUUCUGGGAGCCAGAGGGAGUGGGGAUGGUGCAGGUGGUAUUGGCAGGAGGGUGGGUUCAUGGGCUGGCAGCCUAGACAAGCCAUGUGGGGAAGCACUGGGGCCUUGCAGUUCUGGUGCAGGGGUUAGGGGUUGCUCGCUCAGCAAUAAAUCACUGUGUCACGUCAAAUCUUCAAUAUACCACUACAAAGUGAGUUACUGCUACUCAGUGUCCUUCGUGAUGCCGUCCAGCUAGGGGUUUAGGUGAUAGAAGGUUUAGGGGGAGUGGGAUUGAUGUCUGGACACAUUCAAGCCCCAACAUGAGAUGAGGAUUGAAAAA